UCCCUGAGCCCCAGCAGGCCCCUGUGGUCCACCGCAGACCACCUGGCCAGAGAGAGAUCCCCAGAGAGGGCCCCCAAAGUGCUAUGGCCGACUCUGACUGCAUGUGUUCGGUAUGCAGACCUGCUAGCUACAUGAUGAGUUCAGUUUUUCCCCGGCCCCCACCCCGAUCAAAGUCGCCCUUCCCUACUCUAAUUCAACAGAAGGCAGGGAGGAAGAAGUCUCGGUUCAAGCUGCUGAAGAGUCGUCUGUUUGGCCGUCUGAAGAGGAAGGAGACUGAAGGACGGAUGAAACAGAGCCAGUCCGCCAGUGAUGUCACUGCUGAUGUCAUAGCUCCGGGGGACGACGACUCAGAGGAUGACUGUUUGGGCGGUCCAAAUACACUGGGGUCCAGAGCUCUGUCACAUGACAGCAUCUUCCUGGCUGACCAAUCACAGAGCUCCUCUGAGCCGACGAGGGUUCUGUCUCAGGAGAACGUACACGGCAGGAUACAAGAACUGCAGCUGAAACUGCAGCGGCAGAACAUGUGUCUGGGCCCUCCCCCCUUGCUGAUCCCUGGAAAGAGAAUGGAAGAUUCUGGAGCCACCUCUGAGGAUGAUGGUUUACCCCAGAGCCCUCCAGAGAUCUUGUUCCAUGACCGAGCAGCACAGGGGCCUUCCUACAAGUUCCCUGACACUCACAGGCACCAUAGCUCUCUGAGUUUAGCAGGGACAGGAAGUGAGGAGGAGGAGCAGUGCCUCUCCCAGCCCUCCUCCCGUCCUCUCUCCCCGAAUCCUGCUUCCCCCUGUUUCCACUCCCCUGCAGUGGACUUCACCAGCCCAGCCCAGUACACUCCUAUCCUGGACAGCUCUGCCGCCCGUUACCGCAUGUCUGUUAAACCCAGGAACCAGAGGGCCAGCGCCAAGGGACGGAAAGGUCCCCUGAGAGCAAGCAGACGUGGCUCAGAGAGCCUGAGUGACCUGGACCCAGACCAGCCCCUGUCUGAGAGGGAGGAAGAGCAGGAUGGAACGGAGGACGAGGACAGAGAGGAAGAGGAGGAGAGGGAGAGACCUUUCUCUUCAUCUCCAAAAGACUCUGAGGAGAAGCCCUGGCAGUCAGUACCCCCUGGUGGUCAGAAAGAAGUAUUACAGAGACAAGAGUCCUCCGAGACAGAGGGACGCGUCACCACCAACCCUCUCUACCUCCAGGCUAUGACCUCUCCUCUAUCAGAACCCAUGACCAAGACCUCCAUCCUGGAGACCCAGAGCCUGCCCUCGGGAACCUAUCCGGGUCAAACGCCCAAGAACUCUCAUCCAGGAUAAUUCAGACCAGGGAAGUCGGCCUGGGUCUACAUCUGAAAAGACCCUCUCCAGGCCUCUCAGUCCUGUCUAUGGAUCAGACUCCACCACAAAUCAACUUCCCUCAAAAGAGAAGCCAGAGGAGAAUAUGACCCCAGCCACCUCUAACAAGGGAGACAGGUUGAGCAGAAACACACAGAGUGUGAGCCUAGCGGACACCAGCAGCUCUACAUACCACUCUGCUCUACCUACCCCUGCCCCUCGCAUUAUAAGACAAACACAGAGACCUGCUUCUGAGAGAGAGUCUGUCAGUGAGACUACAGCAGUCCCACUGUCGGGCGUUAAUGAAGAAACCUCCAAAUUGGACCUAGUGCAGAGGAGGAGAGGGCUACCUACUGGCCAUGAAGACACAAUGCCUAGAGCAAACAGUUUCUUCACCUCCUCCUUGAGACAGCGUUCCAAGAGCGCCACGAGCAGAGCCCACACAGGGACGAGAAACAAGGAGAUGAAUGCAGAAGGAAAAGGAGGGGAGUGUUUGGUGGCCAAGAACCCUCAUCAGGAGUCUGUCAGAAGGCAAGAGGUAAAACCAGAGCAGGCCACAUUUAAAGGCCUGAAGGAAAACCAACCACAACCCUCACCUCAGGAGAGAAAAGUACAAACAGAGGUAGAAGUCGUGGAGGAGACAGGACUGAAGGGAGGAGAGAAAAGGGAUGGGCAGAGUGAGGGAAAUGAGGAGAAGGAUCAGGAGCAGGAGAGGAGGAGUGAAGCUGCGCACCACUUCUGCGCACCACUUCUCAGUCUGAAGUAUCGCUUGGAGAAGGACCAAGAAUUCAGGGUUAAGUGUCAUAUUGUCUCAACAACUGCAGAACCAGUCAAAGGCGAAAUUGGCACAAGUUCAAAGGUCAGGGGUGACUUGGAAAAUAAGGCUUCGAGGAAGGGCCCGUCACAAGUGUCUGACUGCCCCCCCCAUACACCCCUGACAGAAACAGACUCAACGAGAACCAAGGUACGUGUGUCCUCUAGAACGUCGUCGAUACUUCAGCAGAGAAAUUGAGCCUCGCGUUCAACGCUCUGAGUUGUUGAGGAAAUUGACCCACUACGCUGUUUACUUUCUGAAUCUAUGUCAUAUCGCUGAGUCUAUAUUGAAUAACUAUUAACUUGGACUAUGCACUAACUGACUUUGCGCUAACAAGGUGUUCUAGCUCACACGGUUGCAGCUAUGUCAGUCUACUGAGGGCCCUGUUUCAAUAGCAUGUACUCACCUCUAGGCACUGUCUUGGUUCUAUCCUUAGAUGAUGAUGAUGAUACUGACCUGGUAGUAGAUGCCUUUGCAGACCCAGACAAAGGCCCAUCCUCCAGACCUGCUCUGGGGCUCCCAAGAGGGGCUGAGACCCCUGGGUUUAAUGGGUCAGCUGGAUCGGAGCCUGUCUGGAUGUCCAUGGCCCGGGAAAAGACCAGGAGUCUCCAACAGCAUCUCAGUCCAGAGACAGAGGCUGGGACAGGGAGGACAGGGGGGACAACAACGCCCCAGUACACCACAUCACCAUGGCCAGCUCCAACCCCAGCCCCACAGCCGAGAUUACAACCAACAGCUCAGCCAUCAACACAACCUCCAUCACAAUCACAGCCAAGCACAAAAACAGCCUCGCAAAAACAAACAUCACUCCCAGUGGUACAAUCACCAUCUCAACCAAUACCAUGCCGUAGACCAAUCCUACAGGAAAUGCAUCUGACAGCUAAACUCAAAACAUUGCCUUCAGAUCAGCCUAACACACAAACAGCAUUACAACCGACACCACAAGGAACAGCUCAACAGCUGACACAACCGUCCUCCCAACCUCACAUGCCAACCAGACCAGCUCUACGAGGAGCGUCUGAGAGAUCCUCCACGUCUCUGAAGAGAGCUGAGAAGAUGCCUGUGGAGAAAUGGACAGAAAGAGCGCUCCCGACUGGGACUAUGGAGGAAUCUAGCCAUGGUCAAAUUGAGAUUCACACCUCAAAGCCUGAGAUACCUUCUUCAUCGUCAUCAUCGUCAUCAGCCAACCAGGAUGGAACUUGCCAAGAGGAAAUCUCUUGCCUGGAGUGACAUGGCUAUGGACUAAGAGAAAUGCACGUGUGUGUGUGUGUGUGUGUGUGUGUGUGUGUGUGUGUGUGUGUGUGUGUGUGUGUGUGUGUGUGUGUGUGUGUGUGUGUGUGUGUGUGUGUGUGUGUGUGUGUGUGUGUGUGUGUGAGGUAAAGGGGUUCCUAAAGAGAAUAAGGAGAAGACUGAAAUAAAAUAAUGAUUUGUUGCUGAAUGUGUUGUUUCAACCUACUGGAUUCAGAGUUUAAAACCCAUUUCCCAUUACUGUGCCUUACUCUUCUAACCAUUAAAUAUAAAAGAAAUGACUUAUAUUUCACUUAUAUAUCACUUAUAUUUUACUGCAUAUAACAUCACUAAAACAAGGGGUAUGGACUUUUAAGGCACAAGAGACCAUACUCUUGUCUUGUAACUUGUUGGUUGCUGGUUCAAACUCCGCUUCAGUUUUUUCACUGCUUUUGACAUAUCACUCCAUGCUAGAUCCCUUCGAACAACUGUCUCAAAGUGUUGUCUGGAAUAAAUAUACUGUCAAUUGUA